UUUUCCAAUAUAUUUCUAAGCGACCCAACGAAACAUUAGCCAUUACUGAAAUAGGCUGCUGCGCGCUUUGUUCUCUUAAGAGAUGAUGUCUUGUUCAGCUGCAUCAAGUGGGUCGCUGCUCUCCUCCGAAUUGCUCCCAACUCGUUCGACUCAGCGAGUCAAACCAGCUUCGCUUUCAUGGGUUUCUUCGUUUCCUCUGAUGAACAUUUCCAUGACCUCCACGACACUCCCUGCCACUCCCACAGCCAACAAGAUGUCAAUUGUAUGUGCUGCAUAUACCCGGAGAUCUCGAGGUGAAGCAGCUAAAAGACCAAACAGGAAGUCAUGGAAACAGAAGACAGAUAUGUAUAUGAGGCCAUUCUUACUAAACGUUUUCUUUUCCAAAAAAUUUAUCCAUGCGAAAGUGAUGCAUCGGGGAACAAGCAAAGUGAUAUCAGUCGCAACAACGAAUGCGAAGGAUCUUCGAACCAACUUACCAUCACUCACAGAUCAUAAUGCAUGCAGAGUUAUCGGGAGGCUCAUCGCUGAGCGGUCCAAGGAGGCAGAUGUAUAUGCACUGUCUUACGAACCCAGGAAAGAUGAACGAAUUGAAGGUAAGCUCGGGAUUGUUCUUGAUACCAUUAAAGAAAAUGGGAUCUUAUUUGUUUGAAGUUGAUCCCAUACAAUUUAAGCCAUGCUAAUUGCAAACGAGAUUCUGAUGUAAAAUGUUUAUCAUUGUUUCUCAAUGUAAUCAAUGUCAAUGAGUGCAUCACAGACUGGUUGCUGUUUGAAUUUCUAUA